AUCUUAUAAAUCUGGCACGUGCGAAGUACAAAAUAAUAUUAGCUUUUAAGGACAGUUCACCAGCAAAGGAAUGCCGGUAGGUAUACAUUCAUUAAUUAUCCCAUCUCUUAAAGAGAUACCACCACCCCCCCCAACCCUCUCCAUCAUAUACACAUAUCUCCUCCUCCUCCUCCUCCUCUUCUUCUUCUUCUUCUAUACAUCUAUGACUAUUACCCACAUGAUACGUGUAUAUUUAUGCCGACAUUUAUUUGGCUUUCUUUAACACCAGAUUUAUCAACUCCCCACUACCCACUUCUUUUUCUUUUUCAUCUUUAAAACAAGUCACUGAGAAAGGAAAAAGGAAAAAAAAAAAAAAAAAGUAAUCUUAUCAGUUAUGGAGGGUGUUUCUGCAAGCAUGUACACCAAGAUCAGAAGCUAUUGGAGAAGAAGAGGUUACCAGAGACUAAAUGAGUCCGGCAGGAGGCGACGGAUGAACACGGUGGAGCUCGGAGGUGGUUCAGCCACUACGACACGGGGGAGCAGGAGGAGGAAGAUGUCUUGGAGGAUCAAGAUCAAGCCUAAGCUUAAAAUCUUUAAGAGGGCUUCUCCAAAGAAGUUCUUUGUGUGGCUACGUGACGCUUAUGUUAAUAUGAUGCUUGGAUUUGCCAAUUCGCGUGUGAUUGGACCUGGCUAUGGUGGCGGUGGUGGAAUCGCUACUAAUUUUGGUAAGGGCCCACUUAAGGAGUAUGACGAAAAGAUGAUCAUUCAGAUCUAUAAAUCUUUGGUUGCCGGGCAAGGCCAAUUGGUUCCACAUGAUGCUGCCGCAUUUGGCUCCGUGCCUAGACUGACUGCUAUAGUAGAAUAGUUAAAGUUAAAAAGGUACGGUGCUUCUCUGGGUAAAUAAGUUCAACCCAUGGACACAAUCCAAAGUUAGUUAAAUCAAAACUCUCUCAAAGAAAAUGGUAAGGGAGAGAGAAUGGGAUUGUUUCCUGAUUUCUAGCUUAAUUAAACCUCACUUUGCCCCUUUUUUGUUAUUUAAGUUGUUGUAAUUGUAAUAAUUAGAUUUUUCAGUUGUAAUUGCAGGUAAAUACUUGUUGUAACUAAUUUCUCAUUAGUUCAGAUCAAGAGAAGGAAAAUAAAAAAUAUAUAUAAAUAUAUUAGCUUUUUUUUUU